GAUGGAACAAAAAAAUUCUUGAAAUUGUUGCAGGCUACUUACAGUAAAUUUUAGGUUCUGAAGAUGAAGGAUCAAAGAAAUUGCUUGAGUUGUGGAUUUCCGUUCCACCUUAGGUGGAUUAAUUGACAUUGCCUAGGUCAAGGCCAGCAUGUCCUGCCGUUUCCGCGAGCUAUACCGACCAAAGAAGAGCAAUCGUCACCGAAUCUGGCGACACGAGCAGCAUCGAGCAGUUACGAAGGAAAGGUUUCGGCUGAAAGACCGGAAAGUUACCGAGAUUAGCAAUUGCAGUUGGCGGAGAGAAAUCUUCAUUUUGUGGUUAAUUUGAUUGGCCCUGGCCGACAGCGACGAUAUGGUAAUAAAAAGGUGGAGCUGUCCUGAAAGUCCAAAAUGGACCCGGAUCAUCCAUAGGCCCAAAAAAUUUGAUCCACUACCCUAACUCUCUGCAUAAUUUCCUAAAGUCUUUGCUGUGUAUUUUUCAGUGUUGGAUUUAAAUUUUCCUUUCUUGGAGGAUAACAUUAACAAUGGCAAGCCAGGAACGAAGUAACAGUGCCCUGAAGGAAGGAAAAAGUUUAUUAAUUGACAGCUUGGUAUCUCAUGAUCGGUUAAACCAACUAGCCAUGUGGGAAAUCUGUAAAAGGGGAAAAUGCAGUAGUUGUAAAAGGAAAAAGUGCCUUAUUAGAGUCAAGGAUUUUCUAAAGAGCAGUGCUAGGGGCACUCGCCUCCUGCACUCUUUGGCCAACACUCCGUCUUUUAUUGAGCCAUGUAAGAACAACUAUAUCAAGACGCAAUACUCCCUUCUCACCAGUGCUCUCCUAGUUCCUCCUUCUGUUGAUCCUGAGAACUCUCCGCCUAUGGUAGCCCCGAUUAUUGCUGACUUAAGCAUCGGUCCCCGAGUUUCACCUCAGGGCUUUGCAGGUCAUCCUGGAGUGCAGACGCGGAUUGAAGAAGGACUUCUGGUUUGGUGCAAUUACAUUGGCGCCGUCUGUCAACCCCCCACCAACCUUCCACCUCUGAUCCCACCUCAAGUUACACCUCAGCUUCCACCUCAGGUCCCAACUAUGUUCCCUCCUGUUGAUCAUGCAGAAAGAGGAGAUGAAAACCAACCUCAUACCUCAGCUCACAAUUCAACUUCCACUGUCAACCAAGACGUAGUGGCAGCUCAGCUUGCUGCCAUGCAACAACAGUUCGAUGUUUUUCAGUUGGUACUGGCUCAGCUUUUAGCUAGAAAUAAUCAUGGUGAUCCCCUCAUUAAUUUACUGAACCUUGCUCAACAACCCCCAGCUCCACAACAGAAUCCUCAACCGGUUCAGCAUGCUCCCGCUAUUAGUGAAUCUCAGGGUCAAUCCCACAUAGCACCCACUCAACAACCCCUCCCUUAUGAUGUCACUCGACGCCUUGAUAGCUUAGAAAAGCUAGCAGCUGAACACCGAGGUGCUCCACCCCCACACCAUGCUGCUGACUUCAUACCUCACCCCCUGAACACCAACAUUACACUGGAACCCUAUCCUGCUGGCUUUAAAAUACCACAACUGGAGACUUACGACGGGACAAAGGAUCCUGAUGAUCAUCUGCAUGCUUUCUACUCUUGCAUGCAAGCUUAGAAUGCCUCUGACGCAUUGAUGUGCAAAAUCU